UCUCCGCUCACUGCGCGCGGCAAACAACGGUCACCCGCCCUCAGUGUGUGCGCGCGCUCGGCUGCAGCGGAUUCAUUCACCUCAGCUGAUCUCACGGUUCUUCUGUUCAUGUGUUGUGACAGCAGCUGAGAGGAUGCGGGUUCGAGUGCUGCUGGUCCUGAUACUCACAUCAGUAUUAAUCACACAUGCUCAAGUGCCGAUGCCCAGGAGGCUGCGUUUCAAAGAGCUGAGCUCCAACACGCUCGGCGUAACCUGGAAGGAGCCGAAGGGAGCGUUUGACAGCUAUAGACUCGUGUACAGCACUGACUCAGGAGACGAGCGUGAGCUGCUGGUGAGUAAAUCUGAGCCCAAAGCCGUCGUCGAAGGGUUUGACCGCAGUAAAGAAUACAGCGUGAAGAUCACGGCCGUCAGAGGAGCUGAGCAGAGUAAAGCGCUGCUGGGCAGAUACACCGGAUCAGGGUCAGAGGUGAGUGACGUCAGCGCUCCGCUCAAUCAGCAGGACACCAGCGCCGCCCAGCAGGACAAUGAGAUCAAUGAAGUGGACGUCUUCACGUGCAGAACUCCAGCCAUCGCUGAUAUAGUGAUUCUGGUGGACGGAUCAUGGAGCAUCGGCCGGAUUAAUUUCCGUUUGGUGCGGAUGUUUCUGGAAAGUCUCGUCAGGGCCUUCGCGGUCGGAUCUGAACACACACGUGUUGGUUUGGCGCAGUACAGCGGGGAUCCACGGAUCGAGUGGCAUCUGAACACUCACAGCACUAAAGAGGCCGUGAUUGGCGCUGUGAAGAAUCUGCCUUAUAAAGGAGGAAACACACUCACAGGUCUUGCUCUGACGUAUAUUUUGGAGAACAGCUUUAAACCUGAAUCUGGAUCCAGGCCUGAUGUUCCUAAAAUUGGGAUUCUGAUCACGGAUGGGAAAUCUCAGGACGAUGUUCUUUCUCCUGCUCAGAGACUCAGAGACGCUGGGAUUGAGCUCUUUGCUAUCGGAGUGAAGAACGCUGAUGUGAACGAGCUGAGAGCCAUCGCCUCCCCACCGGAGGAAACACACGUGUAUAAUGUAGCUGAUUUUAGCGUGAUGAGCUCCAUCGUGGAGGGACUCACCAGGACAGUCUGCGAGCGUGUCUCUGUACUCAGCAAAGAGAUCAGCGGUGAGACAGACCUGUAUUCCACAAGGCCACUGGAUGCUCCCAGUAACCUUGUGACCUCUGGGGUGACGGCAAGGAGCUUCCGUGUGUCAUGGACCCACGCUGCAGGGCCGGUGGAGAAGUACAGGGUGGUGUAUUAUUCAUCCAGUGAAUCCAGACCCGAGGAGGUGGUGGUGAACGGUAAUGAGAACUCUGUGGAGUUGCAGUAUCUGAACUCUCUGACAGAGUAUCAGAUCACUGUGUUCGCCAUCUACAGCAAUGCAGCCAGUGAAGCUCUGAGAGGCAGCGAGACCACCUUGGCGUUGCCGACGGUCAGUAAUCUGGAGCUGCAUGACAUCACUCACAGCACCAUGCGUGUGCGCUGGCGGGAGGCAGAAGGGGCUUCUGGGUACAUGAUUCUGUACGCGCCUCUGACAGAAGGCGACCCCGCAGAUGAGAAGGAGGUUAAAGUGUCUGACUCCGUGACUCAGGUUGAACUGGAAGGUUUGACUCCUGCAACCGAAUACACGGUGACGGUUUACGCCAUGUACGGAGAGGAAGCCAGUGACCCCAUGACGGCGCAGGAGACCACGCUUCGUCUGACUCCGGCUCGUAAUCUGCGCAUCACAGACAUCAGUCACAGCUCCGCUAAACUCACGUGGGACGCAGCGUCUCGUAAGGUCAAAGGUUACCGUAUUGUUUAUGUGAAGUCGGACGCUGUGGAGACCAAUAAGGUUGAGGUCGGACCGAUCACCACUCUGUUGCUACGUAACCUGACCUCUCUGACGGAGUACACGGUCGCCAUCUUUGCCCUGUAUAACGAGGGACAAGCAGAACCGCUGACGGACAGCUUCAACACCAAUGUGGUUCCUCUGCCGCUGAAUUUCCGUAGCAGUGACGUGUCCACCGAUAGUUUCAGAGUGAUGUGGAAAGACGCCGCGUCUGACGUCUCCUUCUACAGACUCAGCUGGAGACCUGCGGCAGGAGGAGAAGCCAAAGAGGUUCUCAUCAAUGAUAACUCCAACUGGUUUGUCAUCACGGGUCUGAAGCCUUUGACUGAAUAUGAAGUUUCUCUGUUUGCGGUCUACAGAGACGAGUCCGAGAGCGAUCCGGUGGAGAUCAGCGAGACCACAGUUGCCAGAACAACGACAGUCACGACGACGACCGUCAGAACGACACCAGCCGUGCAGCGUCUGGCCGUCAGGAAUCUGCAGCUGAGCGACGUGACGACCUACAGCAUGCGUGUGUCAUGGGAUCCGCUGGGUCCAAACGUGCGUCACUACCGGGUGUCGUACAUCAGCACGCGAGGAGACCGCGCCGAACAGACGGCGAUGGUUCCUGCCGCUCAGACUUCGCUGCUUCUGCAGCCUCUUCUGUCGGACACAGAGUAUCGCGUCAGCGUCUCAGCGGUCUACAGCGACGGCGACGGGCCGCCCAUCACACGCGUCGCACGCACACUGCCUCUGUCUGCUCCCAGUAACCUCCGCGUGUCAGAGGAGUGGUACAACCGCUUCCGCAUCAGCUGGGACGCGCCGCCCUCGCCCACCAUGGGCUACCGGAUCGUCUACCAGCCCACAUCAGCGUCUGGCCGCGCGCUGGAGACGUUCGUGGGCGACGACGUCAACACCAUGCUGAUCGUCAACCUGUUGAGCGGGACGGAGUACAGCGUGAAAGUCAUCGCCACCUACACCACGGGUUCCAGCGAGGCUCUGAACGGACGUGCCAAAACGCUGUAUCUGGGAGUGAGUAACCUCAACACGUAUCAGGUGCGGACGACCAGCAUGUGUGUGCAGUGGCAGCCGCAUCGACACGCCAACCUGUACCGCCUCAUCCUGCAGUCGCCGCUCAUCGGUGAGAAACAGGAAGUGAGGCUGAGCGGCUCCACGUCCAGACACUGCUUCAAUGAUCUGACGCCGAACACGCAGUACACCAUCAGCGCUCACGCUCAGCUGCAGGACACGGAGGGACCCGCCGUCACCACCACACAGACAACAUUUCCUGUGGCCACGGCUCCGCCCACCACACCCAGCACCACCCCCCCUCCACCCACCCUGCCCGCCACUAAAGAAGUGUGUCGAGCUGCUAAAGCUGAUCUGGUGUUUCUGGUGGACGGAUCGUGGAGUAUCGGAGACGACAACUUCCAGAAGAUCACCCGCUUCCUGUACAGCACCGCCGGAGCCCUGGACCAGAUCGGACCGGGCGGGACUCAAGUGGCCAUCGCUCAGUUCAGUGACGACGCUCGCACCGAGUUCAAGCUCAGCUCGUACGAUAAUAAAGAAAACCUGCUGGACGCCAUUCAGAGGAUCUCCUAUAAAGGAGGAAACACAAAGACAGGCCGGGCGAUGCAGCACGUGAAGGACUCUGUGUUCACGGCGGUGGGCGGAGCCAGAAGGGGCGUGCCCAAAGUCCUGGUGGUGCUGACGGACGGCCGUUCCCAAGAUGACGUGCUCCAGGUUUCCCAGGAGAUCCAGGCGGAAGGCUACAUCGUGUUUGCCAUCGGUUUUGCCGAUGCCGAUUACGGCGAGCUGGUGAGUAUCGCCAGCAAACCCAGCGAGAGACACGUGUUCUUCGUGGACGAUCUGGACGCUUUCAAAAAGAUUGAAGAGAAACUCAUCACCUUUGUUUGCGAAGCUGCAUCAGCAACGUGUCCAUCAGUACCCAUGAGCGGCAGCACUUUACCAGGGUUCAGGAUGAUGGAGACGUUCGGGCUGGUGGAGCAUCUGUACAGCAGUGUGAGCGGUGUGUCCAUGGAGCCGGGAACCUUCAACAGCUACAGCAGCUACAGACUCGGCAGCGACGCGCUCGUCACGCAGCCCACCAGGUUCAUCCAUCCGGAGGGUCUGCCGUCGGACUACACCAUCACCAUGCUCUUCCGCCUGCUCCCCGAAACCCCGCAGGAGCCCUUUGCAUUGUGGGAAAUCCUCAACAGCAACAACGAGCCGCUGGUGGGAGUCAUUCUGGACAUUUCUGGAAAGACGCUGACUUACUUCAACACCGAUUAUAAUGGUGAUUUUCAGACGGUGACGUUUGAGGGUCCGGACAUCCAGAAGCUCUUCUAUGGCAGUUUUCAUAAGCUGCACAUCGCUGUCAGUAAGACGUCGGCUCUCGUGAUGGUGGACUGUAAACCGGCGGGAGAGAAGUCCGUUAAUGCGGCCAAAAACAUCAGCGUUGACGGGGUGGAGGUUCUGGGACGGAUGGUGCGAUCCAGAGGAUCCAAAGACAACUCUGCACCGUUUCAGUUGCAGUCCUUUGAUAUCGUGUGCAGCACAUCAUGGGCUCGACGGGACAAAUGCUGUGACCUGCCCAGCCUGAGGAAGGAAGCCGAUUGUCCAUCUCUCCCGCGCGCCUGCACCUGCACUCAGGACAGCAAGGGCCCCCCCGGCCCUGCCGGACCCCCAGGAGGUCCGGGCAUCAGAGGAGCCAGAGGAGAUCGAGGUGAACCCGGCCCUGUGGGUCCUGCUGGUUCAGUAGGGGACACUGGUGUUCCAGGUGCUCAGGGGCCUCCCGGUCCUCCGGGGCCCAGUGGACGCUCCAUCAGAGGCCCUCCGGGGGCUCCGGGUGAGACGGGACAGAAGGGCGACGCCGGUCCUCCAGGGUCGCAGGGUGUUCCCGGUUCUCCAGGGCCUGUGGGACGCGACGGGCCUCCAGGAGCGAGGGGGCUGCAGGGACAGGACGGUCCUCAGGGACGAGUGGGACCGCCGGGAACCAUAGGGGGCCCAGGAGCGCCGGGGGCCCCGGGAGAAAAUGGCCCCCCAGGACCCACAGGAGAACAGGGUCCUCCGGGACCCCCGGGAUCCAAGGGAGACAGGGGUGAGCGGGGUGACGUCCAGUCCACAGCUUCUGUCCAAGCCAUAGCCAGACAAGUGUGCGAGCAGCUCAUCCAGAGUCACAUGGCGCGCUACAAUUCUAUUCUGAACCACAUUCCCAGUCAGCCGGUGUCGAUCCGCACCGUUCCCGGACCGCCGGGAGAGCCGGGGCGACAGGGGGCUCCAGGACCUCAGGGAGAGCAGGGGCCGCCGGGACGGCCGGGAUUCCCCGGCACUAACGGAGAGAACGGCCAGCCGGGAGCCCGAGGACCUUUGGGCGAGAAGGGAGAGAAGGGCAGUCCAGGUGUGGGCGUCCAGGGACCCAGAGGACCCGCCGGACCUCCAGGACCUCCUGGUGAAGGCAGAACAGGAAGUACAGGUCCAUCUGGUCGCCCCGGUAACCCCGGCAGUCCCGGCAGACCCGGGAUUCCAGGACCCAUUGGUCCGCCCGGCCCGCCCGGAUACUGCGACCAGAACUCCUGCCUCGGCUACAACGUGGGAGAGCCGGGCGUCGAUGCUGACCUCACUGACAGAGAUGUUCCUGUAGUUCAACUGCCGCCCAGCUCGUACCAGCCGUACGGCCCGGAGGCCGAGGGUGAGGAAGACGACCCGUACGGCUCCUACGGCUCCUACUACCAGCCCAACUACCCGCCGCCGCGACCCGUGCAGCCCGACGACCCCGUCAUAGCGGAGGGCGUGGAGGAGGAGCUGCGCUCGCCCGGCAUGCAGCGGCAGACGCGCAGACGCUAGGAGAGCACGACGCCGUGACAAGCAGACGCAGGAAGCGCAUCACCGCUGACGUCACACAGCAUCACGUGACGCGGCGGGUGUGAGAGACGACGAGAGAGAAACUCGGCGUUCUGAAAAGAAAAGUCUGAGUAUGUAAACUCAGACAAAGAGCCAGAAUCGUGCGAUAAAAGUCGUUUUUAUUUUUUUAUUCCAUUAAAUCCAUUGGUUUAAACACUUGCGGUGUGUGAGUUAUUAUAGGACAGGGAUGAGAUUUCACUACAUCUGCUUAUUCAUGCUUAUACAUUCAAUUAAACUUCAGGCAGUUUAAAUGCAGUCACGUUUGUGUCGUUCAGCACAUUAAAUAGAAGCGUGUUUGACUGCCGACCGCGUCUGACUGAGUCAAUGUUCAUUUCUGUCUGUUCUUCAGGUGAUGUGUUCAAUAUUUGCGAUAUAUUCACAGUGAAAUCAUGAAUACGUGCUUUGCUGUAGUUAUUUACGCUGUUGAAGUUUCUAAAGAAAUUCAAGUUCACUUGAAUCAUUUCUUUCCAUAGGUCUGAUUCAGUUCACAGAUCCAGCGGUUAGUUUGCUUCGCUCGCUGCAUGAAAUAUAGCUACACUCUUAAAAAUAAAGGUGUCUUAAAAGGUUCUUCGAAGCGAUGCCAUAGAAGAACCGUACAGCCAAAGGUUCUUUAAAGAAACAUCUCUUUCUUACCUUUUUAUAAUCCAAAGAACCUUCUUUUGCAAACAAGAAGGUUCUUCAGAUGUUAAAGGUUCUUUAUGGAACCAUUUAAACAAAAAAGUUCUUCUAUGGCAUCAUGAAGCAUCUUUAUUUUUAAGAGUGUAUUAUGAUUAUGAUUACAUAUAGAUGACUAGGGCUGUCAUUCUCGUGUUUAUUUAGAGAAAAACAGUGCAAAAAAUGCCAAAAUUUUUAUUGUAUUAUAAUUUUUACACAUUUGGUAUAUAAAUGUUUCUUCUGCUUUUUAAGUAUUUUCAGGGCUCCAGUAAAAUGGAGAGUAUUUCAUGUAAAAUAGAGAUAUUGUCAAAUGAUCAGUAUAUUUUUGAUCCGUACGGAAGCUGCUCUUUCUGUUCUGAAUCUGCCGUUAUAAAUGACUGAUUGUCUGAUCGUGAGAUCGGAUGUUCAUAAGCUCUGAUUCUUUGACACCCGUUGAGCUUAAAGUGCCUCUUUAUAUCAUCUCGUUUUGUAGUAUUAUAUAUAUAUUCAUGUGCCGCUCGUCUGUAAUACGACACGUCCAGCGUUUCAUGCGAUUAUUCUGCAGUUCUCUGCCGUUUCUCGUCUGUGUCUCACUUUCUCAAGCUAUUGCUGUUUUAUCUUUAAAGUUAUUUAUUAUAUCUCAAGUAUUUCUGUAUUUCCAGUAUUCAGCAUGUUUUUGAGGAGUCAGUCUUGACUAGAUGCUUGUUAAACAGUCGUUUACAGUCACUUCAUAUGUGACAUGUCAAGUAUUUCUAGGGUUGAUGUAAUAUGUAAUGCUAUAUUGUGAUGAUCGGAUGAAUUAUCAUGCAGUAUUUGUGUGGUUGUGAGAAUGUCAGCUUUGCUGUCAAAUCGAUUUAAUAAAAAAACAUUUUAAAGUAAUGACUGAAAUGAUUCAUUGUGUGCAGACAUUGAAGUGAGUUGCUGUA